UUUUUAUUUUUUAGAUUAUUUCUCUUUAUUCAGAAGCAUAGAGUUGUUUGCUGAUUGCAAGAAGAUGUUUCUUUGGCUCUUUCUGAUUGUGUCAGCCCUGGUUUCUUCAACAAAUGCAGAUUCUGACAUAUCAGUGGAAAUUUGCAAUGUGUGCUCCUGCGUGUCAGUAGAGAAUGUACUCUAUGUCAACUGUGAGAAGGUUUCAGUCUACAGACCAAACCAAUUGAAACCACCGUGGUCUAAUUUUUAUCACCUCAAUUUCCAAAACAAUUUCUUAAAUAUCCUCUAUCCAAAUACAUUCGUGAAUUUUUCACAUGCAGUAUCUCUGCAUCUGGGAAAUAAUAAACUGCAGAACAUUGAGGGAGGAGCCUUUCUCGGGCUCAGUGCAUUAAAGCAGUUGCACUUGAACAACAAUGAAUUAAAGAUUCUCCGAGCUGACACUUUCCUUGGCAUCGAGAACUUGGAGUAUCUCCAGGCUGACUACAAUUUAAUCAAGUAUAUUGAACGAGGAGCCUUCAAUAAGCUCCACAAACUUAAAGUUCUCAUUCUUAAUGACAAUCUGAUUUCAUUCCUUCCUGAUAAUAUUUUUCGAUUCGCAUCUUUAACCCAUCUGGAUAUACGAGGAAACAGAAUCCAGAAACUCCCCUACAUUGGAGUUCUGGAACACAUUGGCCGGGUGGUUGAAUUGCAGCUGGAAGAUAACCCUUGGAACUGUAGCUGCGAUUUAUUGCCUCUAAAAGCUUGGUUGGAGAAUAUGCCAUAUAACAUUUACAUAGGAGAAGCUAUCUGUGAAACUCCCAGUGACUUAUAUGGAAGGCUUUUAAAGGAAACCAACAAGCAAGAACUGUGUCCCAUGGGCACAGGGAGUGAUUUUGACGUUCGCAUUCUGCCUCCAUCUCAACUGGAAAAUGGCUACACCACUCCCAAUGGUCACACUACUCAAACAACCUUGCACAGAUUAGUGACCAAACCACCCAAAACAACAAAUCCUUCCAAAAUAUCUGGAAUAGUGGCAGGCAAAGCCCUCUCCAACCGAAAUCUCAGUCAGAUUGUGUCCUACCAAACAAGAGUGCCUCCUCUUACACCUUGCCCGGCACCUUGCUUUUGCAAAACACAUCCUUCUGAUUUGGGACUGAGUGUGAAUUGCCAAGAGAAAAAUAUACAGUCCAUGUCUGAACUGAUCCCGAAACCUUUAAAUGCCAAGAAGUUGCAUGUCAAUGGCAAUAACAUCAAAGAUGUGGACAUUUCAGACUUUACUGAGUUUGAAGGACUGGAUUUGCUCCAUUUAGGCAGCAAUCAGAUUACGGUAAUCAAAGGAGAAGUAUUCCACAAUCUUACCAAUCUACGCAGGCUUUAUCUCAAUGGCAAUCAGAUCGAAAGGCUGUACCCUGAAAUAUUUUCAGGCCUUCAUAACCUGCAGUAUCUGUAUUUGGAAUACAAUUUGAUUAAGGAAAUCUUAGCGGGCACCUUUGACUCCAUGCCCAAUUUGCAGCUACUGUAUUUGAAUAACAAUCUCUUAAAGAGCCUGCCAGUUUACAUUUUUUCUGGAGCACCUCUUGCUAGACUGAACCUGAGGAAUAACAAAUUCAUGUACCUACCUGUCAGCGGAGUCCUCGAUCAGUUGCAGUCUCUUACACAAAUUGAUUUGGAGGGCAACCCUUGGGACUGCACUUGUGACUUGGUAGCUUUGAAGCUGUGGCUGGAGAAGUUAAACGAUGGAAUUGUUGUGAAAGAAUUGAAAUGUGAGACUCCUGUUCAGUUUGCCAACAUUGAACUGAAGUCCCUCAAAAAUGAAAUAUUAUGUCCUAAACUUUUAAACAAGCCAUCUGCACUUUUCACAAGCCCUGCACCUGCAAUUACAUUCACCACUCCAUUGGGUCCCAUUAGAAGUCCUCCUGGGGGCCCAGUGCCUCUGUCUAUUUUAAUCUUAAGUAUCUUGGUGGUCCUCAUUUUGACGGUCUUUGUUGCCUUUUGCCUUCUUGUUUUUGUGCUGAGGCGCAACAAGAAACCCACAGUGAAGCAUGAAGGACUGGGGAACGCUGAGUGUGGCUCCAUGCAGCUGCAACUAAGGAAGCAUGACCACAAGACCAAUAAAAAAGAUGGACUGAGCACAGAAGCAUUCAUUCCUCAAACCAUAGAACAGAUGAGCAAGAGUCACAGCUGUGGCCUGAAAGACUCUGAAAGUUCGUUCAUGUUUUCAGACCCUCCGGGACAGAAGGUCACGUUGAGAAAUGCUGCUGACAAAGACAAAGACUUACUGCAUGGAGAUACCAGGAAGAGACUCAGCACAAUCGAUGAGCUGGAUGAACUGUUCCCUAGCAGAGAUUCCAAUGUGUUUCUUCAGAAUUUUCUUGAAAGCAAAAAGGAGUAUAACAGCAUCGGUGUCAGUGGUUUUGAAAUUCGCUAUCCAGAAAAACAACAAGAUAAAAAAAACAAGAAGUCACUGAUAGGUGGGAACCAUAGUAAAAUUGUCAAGCUCGGUUGUCCAACCUAUACCUUCACCUUAACUUCAGGAAACAUUGUCACUCUCCAGUCAAGGAAGCUCAAAACCGGGUUCCCUGCAGACAGAAAGGCUCAGUGGACUAUUCCUAGACGGGAGUUCCAGUACAUCUCAAGCACAGUGUCCGUUCCGUCCACUCCUCUCAACUCACCUCCAUUUCCCGUUUCUCGCAGACCCAUCCCCCGCAGCUCUUUCAUUCACAGUAACUACUGUGGACUCCUUUCUUUGGCCUGUCAGCUUCUUAGUGUAGAUAACAGUGAGCCUUUAGUAGAUAGUGGAGCUGAGGAUACCGUAGUCUACAGCAACCCUCAAAAACAUCAGUGUCAAUAA